GUUUUGAAUUCCUGGAGUCAGGAUAAGCCCCCCUUUCUCUCUCUUUCUCUCCCCCCCCCCCCGCCUUUCCUUGUGGUCAGGCUGGGAGUUUGCUCCCUCCUGGAGCCAGUUCCAAAUUUGUUCCGCUCUAGGACGAAGCUUUCCCAGGGAAGGAGCCCAGCCGGACUCGGGAGCUGCGCGAUGUCUCGCCCCGCAUGGCUGCCGCCCAAGAACGCCAGUGAACCGGUUGGUCAUGUCACUGCGAGGAUGGAGACCACCCAUGCUUUUGGGACCCCCAGCAUUUCCAUCUCCACUCAGCAAACCCCCAAAAAGUUUGCCCCGGUGGUAGCUCCCAAGCCGAAAUACAAUCCUUACCGGGCGGGGGAAGGAGAAGGUGAUUUCCCACCACCCCCACCACCGCCCCCUCCGCUUCCCCCUUCGGCAGACCAUCAGGGCAACUUCCCGUCACCCACAGGGUCCUUCCUGCCACCUCCACCUCCUCCAGAUGAAGCUCUGUUCAACGUUCAGGUCAACUCUGGUGGCAAGACGCUGGAAGAGCGGCGCUCCAGCUUGGAUGCCGAGAUCGACUCCUUGACCAGCAUCCUUGCAGACCUGGAAAACAGUUCGCCCUACAAGCCGAGGACUCAACAGACACAGGGCCCAGGGAUUUCCGGCGGAUCUCCAGGGGCCACACCCACAGUGUCCACUCCGGUCACCGGACACAAGCGCAUGGUCAUUCCGAACCAGCCUCCUUUGACGGCCACCAAAAAGUCAGCCGCCAAGCCCGGCUCCCAGCCGAUCCCGGUGACACCCGUCGGCCCCCUGAGACCUCAGCCCGUUCCGGCCUCUUAUGCCACGGCCUCGACCCCCACCCGCCCCCCCUUCAACGUGCAGGUGAAAUCGGCUCAUCCCGCCCCCCACUUCCCACCAUCGGCUCCCCAGUAUAGCGGUGUGGCACCCCAGCCUGCUCCUUCGGUGGGGCCUGGGUCCUAUGCCUCAGCUCAGCCUCGGGCACCCGAUUACGGUUACGGGCCCCUGCCAGCACUGGGCUAUGGCUCCGCGCCACCGCCAGGUCGCCAGCAAGACCCAGCCUAUCCCGGGAGUGUGACCCUCAGGGGCUGGGAUGGAUCCGACCCAUCCUACGGGCCCACAAGCACCUGGAAGCCUGAGUCAGUGUACCCUCCAAGCAUUGGGCAGUACCCGUCCUCUGGAGCCAGGAAGACCCAGGGCCUUGGCCCAGCGCCAGUCUCUCAGCCGCCCACCUUGCAACCAAAGACUGAACGCGCUGGUCCAAGUCCAGGAUCUGCAUUUCGACCGGAAGAUGAACUGGAACACUUGACCAAAAAGAUGCUGUAUGACAUGGAAAACCCUCCUUCAGAAGAAUACUUUGGUCGCUGUGCGCGCUGUGGAGAAAACGUCGUGGGAGAAGGAACAGGAUGCACUGCGAUGGACCAGGUUUUUCACGUUGACUGUUUCACCUGCAUGAUUUGCCAUAACAAGCUCCGGGGACAGCCCUUCUACGCUGUGGAGAAGAAAGCCUAUUGUGAGCCUUGCUACAUUAACACUCUGGAACAAUGCAGUGUGUGUGCCAAGCCCAUCAUGGAGCGCAUCCUGCGGGCCACCGGCAAAGCUUACCACCCCCACUGCUUCACCUGUGUGAUUUGCAACCGUAGUCUGGAUGGCAUCCCGUUCACCGUGGAUGCUGGGGGCAACAUUCACUGCAUCGAGGAUUUCCACAGGAAAUUUGCUCCGCGAUGCUCCGUCUGCAAGGAGCCCAUCAUGCCCGCCCAGGGUCAGGAGGAAACUGUCCGGAUUGUGGCCUUAGACCGCGACUUCCAUGUCCAGUGCUACCGGUGUGAGGACUGCGGGGGGCUCCUGUCCGAAGGCGACAAUCAGGGCUGCUACCCGCUGGACGGCCACAUCCUGUGCAAGAGCUGCAACUCGGCCCGGAUCCAGGCGCUGACCGCCAAGGCCAGCACUGACCUCUGAGCGGGGCGAGGAUGGAGCACGGCGCUGGCCAUCCGAGGUCCGGGGGCUGCUUCCGAGGGCCCCCUGCACGUCGCUUCGCCCUCCAGGCCACACUACUGACCCAAACCGGUUGCGCGCUCCUUCUGCACCCCUGGCUGCCUGGGAAAGGUAUUUCUGGGCGGGGCACAAAGGCUCUUUCACGGGGGCUUCUCAGCACCCCCCGGAACGACCAUUCCCAGGAUUCUUGGAGAGACGCCGUGCCACGUUUAAUAUCCUGUUAGCUUUUGCAGCGCAGGUAUCGACCCAAAGCUAAGAUAACAUCAGACUGGGGGUGCCUGGGGUGGGGUGGGUCAGGGCUGCACAUCUGAAACCCUGCUCCUUUCUACCUGCAUUGCUUUGAUUGCACAGCCACCAUCACGACUUUCCUGACUCCCCUAGGGGUCCUUUUUCAGAAAAUACCAAGAUUUCCCCCAGGCUCUCUCCCCUUUCAGCUUAAUCGUGUCCUCCGCCAGGAAUCCACUUUUCUGCCCAAUGCCUUUUAUUGCCCCCGCUGUGAAACCCCAACCACAGAUUGCGAAAGGCUUUUAUCCUUCACCAGCCGCCAAGUCCUGGGCUUCUUUUGCACAUUAAGAGAGCCAAAUUCACUUUAUAUCCAGCCCGGCACCCUGGCAGGAUGACCCGCCCUGUUAUUUUACAAGUGCCUUAAAGAGGAGGGACAAAGGGGUGGAGAAAGGGAUGGGAGUUGGAGGCUGCGGUCUCGCUCAUCCCGGGCUCAAAAUAUUCUUAGCAAAGCGGAGAUGCGGUCGCCAGAAUGAUUUUUCUGGUUUUAGAGAUGGAAUAAUUUACACAAUCUCGCUGUUCCUCUUACUGGAAGGAGCUGAAAGAAAGACACAGCGCGCUGAGUCCAGUUCCUGUGUUGAUUUAUUUCUGGGUUUUGCAGGAGCUGCUCCCAAGACUAACCAAAGGGAUGAGUUUGCAUGCGGCACAUUGCUGGCAUUCCCACAACUGGAGUCUUUGCGGCCUGGUAUGAUGCGUGAACCCGGCCCUUAUGGUUGUCGUUCACUGUAUUGUGCAAACCCAGAAAGGGAUUAAUUCAGUGAUCAGAGGAGUGUGCUAUGUGAGUGCAGCCAGACAUUACAGAAGGAAGCUUGCACAACCUUGUCAUUACUUUCCCUGAGAUUUUAUAUGCUGCCUUUCAUCAAAGCCGCCCGCCUUAACUUUAUCCCUCUGACAGCAAACCUGGAUCUGGACCUCCCCAGACCUAGUCCAAACCUUGAGCCCCCUUAUUUUAAAAUAAAAUACAGAAUGCAAUGCCCAAUAUUGCACUGGUCACUUUCCCGUGGCAAUUUAGACCUGAGAUUUCACAAUACUCUAUGUUUUAAUUUUAGCAGUGGGAUUUUGGGAAGCCCCUUUCUAAAAAUAUCUCAUUGGGCUCUUGCUGAUAAGCUUGUAAGCAGGGCUGUUGGGUGGAGGGUCAAAAAAGUCAAGAUGGUGGUCAUAGCCGUGCAGUCAAAACCCUGCGACCCUUUUACCAGCAUCCUGACCUGGUUUGCCCCACCGCGACCACCAUCUUGACUUUUUUGACGCACACACACAAGCAUCCUGCAGACACAUUCGCUUGCAAGGGGAAAAAAAGGCUUGAAACUUAGGCAAUGCAACCGAUGUAUCUUGAUGCCCUUUUCUUGAGGUAUCUGCACUAAAAUGCAUCAUAGAAAUCGAACUGUGCUUUUUCGUAAGAGGGGGGAUUUUGUGAGGGGCACAGACGCCCAUCCACGGAGCAUCAGGACUAUUGGAAUGUCCUGCUCCAAAUUCGCAAGCAGGCAGUGCUCCCUGCAUUUAUACAGCUAGCACGUCAGGGAGAAGGCUAGGUGAAGACUUCUCCUGAUAAGCUACUUGUCUUCUGGCAGGGAUCUGGAAGAGUGUCUGACUUCAGCUGCAAUGAACAGUGUAGCCUGGUGAGAUCAAGGGCAUAUGAGCCUCCAGAUCCCACGUUUCUACUCUCUGUCCUUGCUACCUAUGGGGAGGGGGUGAGUUCCGGUGCUGCCGAACCUGUAAUAUAGUGUUUCUCAACCUUAGGCAUUUCAAGAUAUGUGGCCUUCAGCUCCCAGAAUCCCCCAGCCACCCCUAACGUUGAGAAACACGGCUGUAACGCGUUGAGUGGAAUGCAGUUGGAUAUCCCCCUCCCCAAUUUUAGUUACAGUAAUGGAGUAUAUUUAUUACAAAGCUUUAUUUAAUCUCUUGCCAAAAGGUGCCUUUUGCCAAAACGAUCUUGGGCAUGAUCCACUGGGAUGGGCCAUGAAUGAGGACUUACUCCAGAAAUGUUGCUGGUGGGUUGGCUCUUACGAUGAAAAACGGGGCAUUCUUUUUCAUUCUUUCAUCCAAGGCAUUCUUUUCACUUGAAAAGUUUCUACGUUAAGGUUUCCAUUUUAUGUAAUCAUACACUUCUUGUGGAGAAUGCGCCACUUUUAUCAUGUGUAUAAGCUUUCAGAUCUCGCAUUUGCACUUCAUGUAUAUGGAACAAUAUUAACUCUAGGUAAAUACGGAUGAGGGUACGCAGCAGGGGAAAACCCACGCAGUUUAUAUGAGAACUGCACCACCAUCUGAAUUAAUUCCACUCUUAGUCCUGCACAGAUUUCCCCAACUGAAGAAACAUUCAUCAUAAUCACUGAAGAUGAGGGUUGAAAGGGCCCUCAGAGAUCAUCUAGUCUAACCCCCUGCACCAGUGCGGGGAUCCGCACUGCAGCAUCACCAGCGGAUGGCUGUCCAGCCUCUGUUUAAACACAGCCAGCUAAGGAGAGUCCGCUAUCUCUAUUCUUUAUUUUUAUUUUUUAAUUUAUUUGUACACAUUUAGAGACCACCCAAUUCCUAAGGGCUCUGGGCCGCUUACAA